AGGUUGGCUGUCACUGUCAAACCGUUCGUCACCAUAUCACUGAAUUUUGGACCGUAGUUUUAUUUCGUGCGUGUUCAAAGUCCACCGUAGAUUCCAUUCGGCUUUCAAAUUGCUUAGUGUCGGUCUGUCGGUCGCGUGCAGUCAUUUUAUUUAAUUAGUUUGUAAAUUCUCGUCGUACCAAAUAAAUUACUACCUUUUGCGAUCAUGUCGCUGAGAUUCGCCGGAAGUUUUCACAAGAUUUACUGCAGAAUGCAGCGUCUCAAUCCAGCAAGUGUUAGUCACAUUCGUGCUUUAUCAUCCGCACAAAAACACACGAACCUGAAAGUUGUUGAUGGAGUCGGCGUUUUGGUCCUGAAUUCACCAGAUUCCAAGGUCAAUUCAUUGGGGGCCGAAGUCUCCGCCGAAUUCGAAACGCAACUGAAAGAGAUCCAGAACAAUCCCCAAAUCCAAGCAGCUGUGAUCAUCUCAGGCAAGCCAGGAUGUUUCAUCGCCGGCGCCGACAUUGGCAUGCUGGAGAGCUGCAAAUCCGCCGAAGAAGUGCGGAAUAUCUCGCGAAAUGGCCAAGAAUUACUCAACCAGAUCGAAAACUGCAAGAAACCCAUCAUCGCAGCCAUCCAGGGUAGUUGCUUGGGUGGUGGCUUGGAAGUUGCACUUGCCUGCCACUACAGAAUCGCUGUUAAAGACAAGAAAACAGGUUUGGGUCUACCGGAAGUCAUGCUUGGACUUUUACCGGGCGCUGGUGGUACUCAAAGACUGCCAAAACUCACAGCAUUACCAAAUGCUUUAGACAUGGCUUUAACUGGCAAGACUCUCAAAGCAGACAAAGCUAAAAAGUUUGGAAUUGUUGAUCUUGUUGUCAAUCCACUAGGUCCAGGUCUUAAAACACCUGAAGACAACACAAUGCAAUAUUUAGAACAAGUUGCUAUUCAAGUCGCCAGGGAAAUAUCCACAGGCAAGCUGAAAAUCGACCGAUCAAAGAAAUCCAUGAUGGAUAAAGUAUUCGCGUUUGUUUUGCAGUAUGAUUUUGUUAAAGAUAAAAUCUUCGGCAAGGCUAGGCAACAGGUGAUGAAAAUGUCCGGUGGAUUAUAUCCAGCUCCGUUGAAAAUCUUAGAUGUUGUAAGAACUGGUAUUGAUAAAGGUACCGCAGCGGGUUUCGAAGCAGAAUCGCAAGGUUUUGGAGAACUGGCGAUGACACCACAAUCAAAGGGUUUGAUUGGUUUAUUCCGUGGACAAACCGAGUGUAAGAAGAACCGAUUCGGUGCACCACAGCGUCCGGUUAAGUCUGUCGCUGUUUUGGGUGCUGGAUUGAUGGGGGCUGGUAUUGCGCAGGUCACUUUGGACAAGGGUUAUGAUGUUAUCUUGAAGGAUUCGAACGCGGCUGGUUUGGGACGUGGUAUUGGACAGAUUCAGAAUGGUUUGAACAAUGCUGUGAAGAGGAAACGUAUGAACGCUUUGGAACGUGAUAGAUAUCUAUCCGCCCUUGAUGCUACGCUGAGUUAUGACUCUUUUAAACGCGCCGAUAUGGUUAUUGAAGCCGUUUUUGAAGAUAUCAACAUUAAACAUAAAGUUAUCAAGGAGGUAGAGGCAGUUAUCCCCGAACACUGCAUUUUUGCAAGUAAUACAAGCGCAUUGCCGAUUACAAAAAUUGCAGCAGGGUCAAAACGUCCCGAGAAAGUAGUUGGUAUGCAUUAUUUUUCACCUGUGGAUAAAAUGCAGCUGUUGGAAAUCAUCACGACGGAGAAAACUUCGAAGGACACUGCUGCAGCCGCUGUUGCAGUUGGUUUGAAACAAGGAAAAGUUGUCAUUACAGUUGGUGAUGGUCCAGGAUUUUAUACAACGCGUAUUUUGUCUUUUAUGUUGUCGGAAGCUAUUAGACUAUUGCAGGAGGGUGUUGAUCCGAAGGAACUUGACAAAUUGUCAAAACAAUUUGGUUUCCCUGUAGGUGCCGCCACUUUGGCUGAUGAAGUCGGUUUGGAUGUUGGGUCACAUAUCUCUGCUGAUUUAAGCAAGGUCUUUGGUGAAAGAAUCAGUGGUGGUGAUGUAAACGUCAUGAAAGACAUCGUCCAAGCAGGUUUCCUCGGUCGUAAAUCCGGCAAAGGUGUCUUUGUCUACCAAUCGAAGAGCAAGAACCGCGAAGUGAACGCUGAGGCAAUGGAAAUCCUCAAGAAAUACUCUCUAGAACCCAAGGGUUCGUUCACAGAUGAAGAUAAACAACUGCGUAUGGUGUUGCGUUUUGUAAACGAGGCUGUUCUCUGCCUCGAAGAGAAAAUCCUCGCCAAUCCGCUAGAGGGCGAUAUUGGCGCUGUGUUCGGUUUAGGCUUCCCACCAUUCACCGGCGGUCCUUUCCGCUGGGUGGACCAAUACGGUGCCGGCCGUAUUGUCGCUAAAAUGAACGAGUACGCAUCGCAUUACGGCGUUGCAUUCAAACCGUGCGAUUUGUUGGUAGAUAUGGCGAAGAACAACAAGAAGUUUUAUCCUUAAGCGGGUGCAGUUGAUGUGAGUCAGAUAUGUAAGUGCCUUGAGAGCGAUGAGUCGGAUGACGACAAUAAUACAUUUUUAUAAGUUAUAAGUUUAGACGCGCCAUGGCUGCAUGCACCUUGAUGAAAACGUUAGUUUUUUUAUAUACAUUUUAUACUAUUUUAUUGUUUAGGCGUGUGCUACUUUAAGAAGAAACGCAAACACUUGUAAAUAAACAGAAUUCAAUCAUAA